GCCUGAAUGAUGAUGGGUCCAAAAGGCAAGUACACAGGAGGUGCAAUUAUUCAUGCCAUGGAUUUCAUCCUAAGCAAUUCUCAGAAUUUCCCCGCACCCCCCAAGGGAGAAAAGGUUUUAAUAAAUACACCAUUUGUUACUAAAACUUCAGGGGAUUCAAAUUCCCACUACCAAGGGAAAAAAGAAAAAAAAGAAAAAAGGGAAAGGAAAGGAAAGAGGGAAAAGAGAGUUUUCUUUCUCUUAUAUAUAUUUUCCUUUUCCCCCACUUUCUUUCCUCUCUUCCUCUGCUCUGAGAGAGACAGAGAGACAGAGACAUGAAGAACACCAUCAGGUGCUGCAUCUCCUGCAUUCUUCCGUGCGGAGCUCUGGACGUAAUUCGGAUUGUACACUCCAACGGGCGGGUGGAGGAGAUUAGCGGCACCGUUCAGGCGGCGGAGAUCAUGAAGGCGCAUCCCAAGCACGUCCUUAAGAAGUCGGCGUCGCCGUCGGCGUCGGAGGAAGGGGUUGUUCCGAAGAUUGUGAUUGUGCCUCCAGACGCGAAACUCCAGCGCGGGAAGAUCUAUUUUCUCAUGCCGGCGCCGGAGAAGACCAGAUCGAAGUCGUCGGCGAGGAGGAAGAAGAGGGAAUCGGAAAGCAAUGGAACUGGGAAUUCCAUGGCGAAUCUCCUUGUCUCCGAUCGGUACUUGAGUGAAAUCCUCUCGGAAAAACUCUCGACGCAGAGGGAUCGCCGGAGAGGGCGCGUCGGCGUGUGGAGGCCCCACUUGGAGAGCAUUUCUGAAGCGCCCAGUGAUCAGUAAUGAUGGGUUUGCAACUUUGCAUAUGUUUCGGUCGUUGGAUUCAUUUUGGGCUGAUUUAUCAAAUUGGGGCUCAAGCUGCGGAUUGAGUUGCGCCUUUUCUGUGUAUAUAAGCGUAGAUACAAAUAUGCAAAGGGUUCAUGGUUCGGCUUCCCCUGAAGUCUUUGUAGCUGCAGAAAUUGUCAAUUGGAGAGAGUAUUUUUGUAAUGUGGAGCUCUGUUGAGAGAGAGAGAGAGAGAGAGAGAGAGAGAGAUGGAUUAAGGAUUAAAGCUGUGUGAUUCUUGUUUUGAUAAUUAAUUUGUGGGGGAAGAGUGCUGUUCCUGUUAAUAUAUUGAAAUAUGAAUGAAAGAGAUCCCACUUCCAGAACUA